AUGAAUCACAGAAAGUAUGUAACCUAUGGGUUAAAGUCCAUUACUUAUUAUUUUUACAAUAUGGCUGAAGGAUGCAAUAAAAUAUUAAAACAUAGAGCUCAAGGCUUAAGUAAUACUAUUCCUACAGUGAAAAAGCAUAUGUAUAAACAAAAUUCAGCCUCUGAAAAACUAUGUGAAGGAAUUGAGCAGUACUAUGUUUUCAAAGAAGAUGAAUGUUGUGAAAUUGAAAAGCAGAUAGAAAAAGUAAUGCACGAUGCUAAUAAUGGAAAAUUCAAACCUUUCACUGUAGACAAAACACGUCUCAGGGUCAAGUAUUUUUUUGGAGAAAGAUAUACUUAUGGAGAUGGAUUUGGAGAAGAGGUGUUGUUUCCCAAGGGAGAAGUUGAUCCAAUUCCUGUAUGGAUCUCUCGCUUGAUAAUAACUCCCCUUGAAUUGGCUGGUAUUUUUCCAAUUGGAUUUAUAAACUCAGCAGUAAUAAACAUGUAUCUUCCUGGUGGUUGUAUUGUUUCCCACAUUGAUCCUCCUCAAAUAUUUGAAAGACCGAUAGUCUCAGCUUCAUUUUUUAGCGAUUGUUUGUUAUCAUUUGGCUGCAAAUUUAGUUUUAAGCCAAUAAGGGUUUCAAACCCAGUAUUCACAUUGCCUUUGCUUAGAGGGUCUGUUCUUUGUUUGAGUGGAUUUGCAGCUGACAGUAUUACACAUAGUAUAAGGCCACAAGAUGUGAAAACUCGAAGAGCUGCCAUCAUUUUAAGAAGAGUUUUUGAUGAUGCACCUAGAUUAACAUGGGGUCAGUUUAGUCGUAUGUCAGGAGAUAACAAUGAUUCUUCAUUUAUAUACAGGAUUAGAAGAAAAAGGAGUUUUGAUGAAAGCGAGAAGCUCCCAGAAGAAAUAAAUAAAAAAGCAAGAUUUGAUAAGAAAUAUGGUACUUAA